GAAAGAGAGAGAGAGAGAGAGAAAGAGAGAGAGAAAAAAACACAACGCGGCCACAGAGACGGACUCCUCCCCGCCUCGGCUGUGGCACCUCCGGCGGAUCGCUGCGAAGAGGAUGACAGUGUUUUAUUUUCAGUUUGUUUUGGAUUUGUUUUACACCGUGAUCUAACGCUGCCAUUCAUCUUCCCUCUCUGCGCGCACUGACUGGCUGACUGGCUGCAUGGCUUCAGAAAGUUGCCGGGAUAAUAACAUGGACAUCUGACGCGCGCCCCUCACAGCGUCAUUGGACCACAUUUAAGCCCCCCUCUCUCCAUCACGCCUCGGACUAAUCUGCGCCUUUUUUUUUUUUUUUUUUUUUUUUUUGCGUCUGGAGUGAAGGGUCGAGCAGUUGUCACUUUGGCCCUGACACACAGGCUACACCCAGAAAGCGCAAGGGGGGGCUUGACACUGUACGGCGCCUCCGGGAGCGUUCUGCUGCGCAUUCGUGGCUUCCUUGCGCCGGUCUCACUUGUUUGUGCAUCCGAGGGGGGGCCCCCACAUAUUCUGUCUGGAAUCUUCUGAGCUGACACCCCGGCAGGAAAUGAAGCGCGUGUUCUCACCGGGACCGUUCACGCCUUUCAUUUUGUAACUUCACGUUUCCGUGCCACCUGAACAAGUGUCACCUCAGCUGUCCUCCCCGUUGAGUGAUCACACCUGCCUCUUGCGCCCUUUCGCGCGUUUCUCGUUUUCAUCCGCGUAACGCUGAUUGAUCUGAAGCAGAAACACGGGUCCACAUGUGACUGAGACCAGGUCACCUGUCCCGGUCCACGCGCCCCGUAUCUCCUACCUGCACCCCCCUCCCUGCACACACAUACAGAUAUCUGAUCCUACCGAGCGAUCGACACCGAGGCGGACACUGAGACUAACCAAGUUUCGCUGUAGUGAUGCUGCAAGUGGAAAUGGUCCUCUUCGUCUGCCUGGUGCUGCUGAUGUGUGUUCUAAGCCAGGAGCCCGGAUCCAAAGUGGUGGCCGACCGCUACGCCGUCUUCUGGAACCGGACCAACACCAAGUUCCAUCGUAAUGAUUAUCACAUCGACGUGUGCAUAAAUGACUACCUGGAUGUCUACUGUCCUCAUUAUGAGGACUCUGUUCCUGACGAGCGGACAGAGCGCUACGUCCUCUACAUGGUCAACUACGACGGCUACAGCACGUGCGACCACACCGCCAAGGGCUUCAAGCGCUGGGAGUGCAACAGGCCGCGCUCCCCGAACGGGCCGUUAAAGUUUUCAGAGAAGUUCCAGCUCUUCACUCCCUUUUCUUUGGGCUUCGAGUUCCGACCCGGCAGAGAAUAUUAUUACAUCUCCUCCACUGUGGCUCCAAACGGGAAGAAAACAUGCCUGAAGCUUAAAGUUUUCGUCCGACCAUCAAACAGCUGUGUGAAAACUAUAAGCACACAUGACCGUGUUUUUGGUGUAGAUGAUGAGAGAGUAGACAGUACGUUACCAAGAGAUGAAACUAGCCAUGAAACAGCUGCACCUUCGCGAGGUGAAACGAACACUGCGCAACAUCUGCAGAAGACAAGUGCUCUGCUUGCUUCACUGCUGCUGGUCACCCAAGUGGGACUCUUCACUUUAUAGCGCCUCCCUCUGUUCUGGAGGUCAUUUACACCUAGCGUGGCCUGAGUCUACCCUGGGCUGCAGGGUAGUGGGUGGGAUUUGGGUGGAUUGCAUUUGCUUGAUUGGGCAUAAAAAGCAGGCUUCUCAAAAAAAAUACUAUUUUUUUCAGAAGAAAAUUAAUUAAGUGGUCUUUCUCCUUCUGUGAGUUGAAAUAGUUGAUGUUAGAAGUGGGAGAGAGAGUUCCCCCUCUUAAACCUUCAACUAAGAUGCCAAAUCCCAUUUUUUGACACUUAGUGAUUCUUAUUUUCCCAUGACGUUUAACAUCACUCUUUAUAUUUAUGUCAUUGCAGCACUGAUGUUUACCUAUGAAAAUAAGUACAUAUAGUUUAUAGUGCAUAUAGACAGACCGAAUAACACCAUGACAACAUUGCAAAAGCACAUACAAAAACAGCAGACGAUAGCAGUAGAGUUUUACACCGUUCGACAGUCAACAUAUACACAGUGGAACAUUGUAGAUUGUAGGUUUUAGAAACGAUUGUACAUACAAGAAACAGAAAUGGAAUGUUUCCCUGAGACCUCUCUCGAAGCCUUCUAGAAAUCAGCUUUAGCAGGGUUUAAUUUAUUGGAGACUGUGUCUCAGAGACAGACGUAGAUCACUAGAGAUUCAGUUUUUAAUCAAGGCAGAAUUCAGAAAUACGUUAAAUAUCUGACAUGCAUCUUUACGGACUGAUCUGCAAUCUCUUGGCUUUAAAGAUGGUGGCCUGUUUCUCCUGAGCAUGAUCAGAUUUGAAUGUUCUGGACGAGCGAGUGGAGGCAAAUCCUUUUCAAAUCAGCAGGCUUUGUGACAAACCCAAUAAAAAUGGCCAAUAAAACAUUUCUGAAAGGGUUCUGUUCACUCAGACUCACAAAGCCAAAGCUAAAUUGAAACUUUCUCUCCAGACACUUCGUUAACCGCUGUUAAAAUCGAGAAUCAAUACCUUUUGAAACUUGAUAACACAAUUUCACGGCAGCAGUCACAGCCAUUUGUGCAAUGUUUACUGAGCUGGGCCGCAAUUGUUUUCUCUGUUCCAGUUGAGCAUUAGUCAAUAUUAACACUCCCAUAAACAUUUGCAUCCAAAGGUAUUUAUUCCCUGGCUAUUGAUUGUUCAGAAGGGUUUACAGCUUAAACUGGGUACUUUUUUUUUUUUUUUUUUUUCUAAACCAUCAAGUUAUUUGACUCAUCAAAUAUCCUCUUUAACUAUGCAGACAGUUGUUUAAACUUUGUUGUAAAUCACGAUUAAAUUAGAACAAUGUUAAAUGAGUGGAGACUGUCUAAAAAUACUUUUCAACUCACAGUACCACACUUUGUAUUUCCAUUCUUUAACAUAAUCGUAGCUUAAAUACUUGUUAGACUCUUAUCACUUGGAGAUUGUUGCAGCAGUUGAUAAAGCAUUAUCAGGAUUUAUGCAUAGCUCCAAUUAGUGGAGAUCACUUAGUGUAAACAGAACAAAAAAAAAACAUCCAUUCAUUUCAAAGGAGCUCUGUUCAGUCUGUUCAUGUUGGCACUUAAAUUCAAAGUAAUUCACUGAUCAGCAGCGAUACGCAGCUUUCUUCCACACACAAAAAAAAACAGUUUGUAUAAUGGGAGCCAUUUUUUAAAGGAAACAUCUUCUUUGCCUUGAAAAGGUAGGAAGUUUGACCUAAAGAGACAGGUCAGGAUACUUUAACUGAGGUUCUGCUACAGGUUUAUAAGCAGUUAACGUCUUACCCACAGUAGAUUACUCUUUGAGUUUCUUCAUAAAUCCAGAUUAUUAGGACCCAGAGACUGAAGCUAAUGGCUAGUCCGAUGUUGCUGUUUUUGUUUAACUACAUUUGUCCAAGGUUUAACAAAGCUGAUGCCAAUGCCAGUUCUUAACUGGUUUAUAACUCGUUUGGUUUUUAAGAAACAAGGACCCAACUCAGACCUAAAACAAUGCACCACGGUAAACAUCUCAUUCGGUAAAUGUUCGAUUAUCUCUCUUUUUUGUGGACAAUCAUAGUGCAGAAACAUCAAUUAGCUGCACAGAUAAUAUUUCUCUCAAUAUUCCGGCAAACAGAUGCCCUAAAAUCACCAUCUUAAUUCAUUAAUGCUGUUUUAAAUCACUAUUCCAAAUUAUUUGAUAUCGUUUAAGUCUUUUAAUGUCUUUUAAAUCUUACAUUACACAAAUUGUAUAUAAAAGUAACGGUGGAGUUUAAAACUUAUAGUAGAAUUCUGGUUUGCUGUGGGCAUCUGUAGUUCCACUGUCACCUCUAGUUAAAUGCAGGUUAUUUCCUGUGCUCCAGCUCAGAGCUGCAGACCAGGUUGAUAUGUGGCAGAGGUUGCAGCAGUGGGGACAGAGAGAAAUGAUGAUGAAGAUGCAAUGCAUAAACCGCUGUGACUUAUUCGAGGCUGAAGUUGUUUUAAGAUGGUAAUAACGGACUUUGGUCUUGGCCCUUCUCGGACGAGCCAUUAGAGUCAACUUCUGGAAUGAGCUAAACUGGAUUUAUGCUAAAUGAAGACGUUUAUGACUUUAUAACAGAACCUGACUUCAAAGUGGACUAUUGCUUUAGCUCUACUAAAUCUAACGUCAUAUCAGAACAGCAAGUUGGAAGAGAGUUAUUAAACGGUUUGGAAAGAGAGGCAGAGUCUGUGAAAUAAAGCAAAAAAAAAAAAAAAAGGAGCUCAGGAGCAACGUCACCCUCUGCUCUUACUGUUACCGGUUUAAGUGACUCCUAAAUGAGGUUCAAAAUGACAGGCGCACGGACCCCAUGUUUUUGCAAGGGGAGUUAUUUCUGGAAUUAAAAAUAGAUGGUGGAAGGCUUGGCGGGGGGGUCUCAGGAGUGUAGAUUUUCACUGUGGGGGGUUUUAAAGCACCGAUGACCUUGCAGUUUGAGAGAGCUGGCGAGUGAAGGAGACGGAAAGAAUUAGAUGGAGAGAUGCUCACACACACAUAUGCACACAGGUUUAGACAUAACAGGAUAGCCAACAGAAGUGUGAUUAGUGCCUAACAAAACAAUUUUAGCCAAAAAAAACAACAGAAAAUCCAUUCGACACUGCAGGACAAAAAAAACUCUUCAAAUCAAUGACAAACGUGUCAUCUAGCACCAUUCAGCCUCAGAGGCACACACUGUUUUUGGGUUUGCUUUGUUUUUGUAUUUUUGUUACUGCCCUUUUUCGCUGUGCGCUUUUGUUGAUUUUAUUUCACUUCUGAAAAACAACCUUUGCCUUCAGCCAUUUGUUUCUUUAUAUACUGCAUUAACAAUGCUAUUACUGCAGAAUAGCAGCUCAGCUAGGAGAGGUAAUAUGAGACGAGGCCAUUUAAUGAGGUACUAAUUUUCAGAAUAUCACCACGGGGAUAUGAGCACUGCGCAAGAUUCAACAUGGACGCUUGUCAGCAGACUAUAACCAGAAACCAGCUUCAAUUGUAAUCUCUUAUGAUUAUCAUCACUAAUUGUCUUUUUUUUUUUUUGCUAUCAUGAUUUUUUUUCUUGCACACAACCUUAACCUGGGAAAUGAGAAUCAACUUAUAUACUGGAUACUGUGUAUCCUGAGGUAGACAACCAUACAACAUGUAGUGUUAGGUUAGAAUCUGUUUUGUACCUUUCUGGAGGACAAAUGAAAAAAAAAUGAGAUAAACCAUUGUUAAAACUGUAUAAUUAUUAUUAUUGUUAUGAUGAUAAUGAUUAUGACUAUUAUUAUUAGGAAAACUUCUUGAUGUAUAUAGUGUUUGAUAUUAAAGUAUUAAUUUGGUUCUUAUGUCUUUUCUAAAAACAAGCAGAUACCGUAUUAUCUCUGGGUUUUGCGGAGUGUGUACUGUUCUCAAACAAUACAUUGUGUGUGCUUUAAUCCUCAAUGCCUAAAGAGACUCUUGAGUUCAAGCAAAAAGGGGAAACCUGUGGGAGCUGCACACAACAGUGAGCAGUAGGCUGGAACUUUAGCUAAUGACAGGCUCACCUCUUACACAUUUUAAACCAGUCAUCAUGUCUACAUGGAAGGAUCCUGCCUGAGAAAAGAAUCAUUUGGGACUUGAUCGAUGGCCUAUUUGUACUUUUGUUGCCUUCAGGGUUUUGAAAGCAUUUUUUUGAGUGGAUUGUCAGCUUUUUAAUGGAAGGAUCUCACCGGUUUCAUUAUGUGGCAUGCGCAUGAACUUGAUAACAUGUAUAAAAAAAGAAUCUAAAGUUUUCAAGGAUUAUUAUUUUCUUGCUGUUUUCUUUUUCAUUCUGAUGUAAUAGAUUUAAUGAUCACAUUCAUGUUGUGUGUUUUUUGCAUCCCCAUUCGAGUGAUGUCAGACUGUGUACUCACACACGACAAAUGUACAUACCACAUGCCAUUGUUGGGACAUUUAAAGGUGGAGUGUGGGGAUGGGGCUUUAUCUCGUUGUUUGAAAGCAAAUUGUACUUUUAUUUUCCUAAAACUGUCGGUCUCUGUAAGCAUCCAUGGUGUUCAUCCUCCAUUUCUUCAUUUUAUUCCCCAUCACUCCCAGUAGGAGGUGUUCAUCUGUGGAAACAUUUAUCAGUGUGGAGUUUAAGUUUGAGUUUUUGUUCGACUCUUUUUCUGUCGCCGGCAUAAAAGCGACGCAUCGUCUCUAUUUGGCAGUGAAGAGCGUUUCCCAAGCCUUAGCCCCUCAGCCUCUAACCCAUCUGUUUUCAAGACUCUCUUUGCCAUUGUGCUUGUACACAGAGCAGCUGCUGGCUUCGAAGAGAGGACAACGGGGCCCUUCAAUUUUUUUCUCUCUUUUUAACAACCUCUAAAUCACUUUUUCUUACUGUAGAUGGUGGUCUUAGGCGUAGUUCAAGGAUUAGAGCACCCCACCUACAAAAUCCUGAACUGGAUUGUUAGAGGGGUGAAGCCUAUCAUCGAUCCAUGCUCUGUGCGCGGGGCAAAGCUUCUCAGCUCUCCUCUUGCUGAUGAAAACACUUGUUCGUUUUAUGUCCGGCCUCCGUUCUUCUUGUGCUCGUAUAACCCCCACCUGCUCUCCUUCCUCCCUCACCUUUCAACCCCACUCCUGCUUUUCCAUCAGUGGGGACUGUUUCCAAACUGCUCUUUUACAGUAUAUAAAAUGACAAGAAAAUUUGAAAGGAAAAUGAUCUGUAUUUGUAUAUACAUGUGUCUGAGCAACUAUGAGUACUACAAUAAAACAUUGCUUUGAUGAUUGUAA